CUAAUGUAUUAUAAUAUUUUUCAGAAGAGGGAGAUUAUUUUUGCGUUGCACACGUAGGCGUGAUCAAUGUUGGGGGCUUUCAUUUUUUUCCCCUCAGGGAGUCUUCACUUCUUUAACUUGACUUGUGGCUAAACCCACUUCAUUUUCACACAAACUAAAUCCUCCAUCCAUUUCCCUGAGAACAGUACUGGAAAGAUGAGCAGCCCUCCCAAAUCGACAACCAUACCUAACGUUGUAAAAGAGGAGGUCAUUGCAUCUGGGAAAUGGUUGAAACUUGAGAAGACCACCUAUGUGGACCCUGUUGGAAACACAAGAACUUGGGAGACUACGAAAAGGACAACCAGACAGGCCAAUGCAGCAGAUGGUGUGGGAAUCAUCGCCCUUCUGAAGAGGACCCUCCACAAAGACUGUGUUGUCAUGGUGAAGCAGUUCCGUCCACCAAUAGGGUGCUGUACCCUAGAGUUCCCUGCAGGUCUGAUUGACAAGGGUGAGAGUGCAGAGAUUGCUGCUCUGCGAGAGCUGAAGGAGGAGACUGGUUACAAGGGGGAGGUGGUAGGAGUCACCCCAGUGACCUGCUUGGACCCUGGCCUCUCUAACUGCACCACACAGAUCGUCAUGGUUAACAUCAAUGGAGAUGACCUUGAAAACACCAACCCCACACAGCAACUGGGUGAUGGAGAAUUUGUUGAAGUUCUUCUUCUACCUCUUGAUGAAUUCCAGAGGGAAAUUGAUGACCUGAUGAAGAAGGAGAAGAUUGUGGUGGACUCUAAGGUUUACAUCUACGGCAUGGGGAUGUCCCAGGCCUUCUUUAAACCCAAUGAACUCCGAGUGCUCAAACAGUGAGAGAAGGAUGGAAAGAGAAAGUAAAGUGGAGAGAGUAGACUAGAUGGAUGUGAAUAGAGGGAGAGGGCAUUAGGUUGCCAACUUGUUUGUUGUCGUCUCUCUGUUACACUACGAAUAUGGACUAAGCCAGGGAUGAAACUGUCAACAGGGUGGCCAUUUUGUGGCUUUAAGCUGUUGUCUUGGGGAUCAGUCAAUGAGAUUCAUGGAGUGUUACCCUACAGCUUGUAUUAUCCAAGACCAACCGCUUUUAUGCACCUUUACCUGUGGGGAUAGUCCUAAUUAGAUACCAUAUUUGUGAUUAAUGUGAUAUUACAUGCUGUCUGAUAAUACAAAAUUCUUACACUGAUAGGAAUAUAAUUGCUAAAUGACAACUGAGUACAUACUGGAACAUUCCUAACUUUCACUAACUCAAAUGACUAAGCUUCACUGUAAAAUAACUUUUAAAAGGUACUGUUAUAAUAAUAUGCCUUGAAAGAUGUUACUCGCAACGGCAAUAGUUUUGUGCAUUUAUGUUUACAUCCAUUAGUUCACACCAAUGCCCUGUUAGACCAAGGCAUAGGUGUAGAUGUCUCCUUACUGGUAUAAGGCUGACAUGCAGAUGAUCCUCACAUUUUAUUUAGCAAUUAUCAGUAAUUGAAUUAACUUGAUGUCAAUAAACAUGUUAUUCUUAUA